CUUUAGUUUACUAGAGCGCGUAUUUAAGAUCGCAAGUGAAAUUUUCUAAGAAUUGCAAGCGCACGCAUUCCGAUGCCUAUGGAAAUAGCUGAAUGAUAAGAGCGCUAAAAAUGUCUACUGAUCGAUUUCACAAAGCUGCCAAGGACGGACUACUGGAUGUGCUAAAUGAUGCUACACGCAAGGAUGCCAAUGCCAAGGACGAUGAUUCCAUGACACCGGUUAUGUGGGCGGCCUUUGAAGGUCAUUUGGAUGCAUUGCGUCUUCUCUGUGGCCGAGGUGGCGAUCCCGAUAAAUGCGAUCAGUUCGGCAAUACAGCUUUGCAUCUGGCGGCAGCUAAGGGACAUUUACAGUGUGUGGAUUUUCUGAUUAAAUUUGGGGUGAACAUAUAUGCCUUGGAUAUAGACAGACACAAUGCCAAAGAUCUGGCGGCUAUAAACAAUCGCGAUGAGAUACUUAGAUAUUUAGAUACAGCAGCGGCAAACUUCGAGGCAAAUGAAAAAAAAAAGUGCAAGGUAUUAAAGGAGUAUGCGGAAAAGGACUGCGAGAAGCGCAUUAAAGAGUAUAUGAAGCGUCAGCAGCAGCAGCGACAGGACUAUGUGGAUGCUAAGCCAAGCGGGUUGACCAGUGCAGCGGCUAGCAGUAAGACGAAUAUGCUGUCUACUUUGAAGCAAAAGAUUUGGUCCAGCCAGGGUAAUCUCAACAAAUCUUCGCGUGAGCCAGCAGCGCAACAGUUCAGCGAUUUAGUGGGCAGUGGUGGAAGCAGCAGCGGCAGUGGCGGCUCCACCAUUGCCAGUCGCAUGGGUACAGUACAAAAGAGGACACCGCAGCAUAGUAGCGCCUGUCCUCAUGCACCACCCAAUGCAGGCGGAUUUAAGGUCCGUGAACUAGAGCCGGAUGGCAAGCGUACGAUGACCUCAUUGACGGGCGUCCAGCGUGAUUCGGAAGUUUUAUAUGUAGGCACUUUCAGCUCCACGGAAGAAUCCGUUGGCAAGCGCGGCAAGAUAGCUGAUGUCUUCGAACUAAACGCAGAACUAGAACGUGGGUACAGUUCCAGCUUGGCGCGCUCCUUUUCCCAACCAGACAUUUUAGGUGACGAACAGUUGAGCGAGGAUCUGCUUGUGCAGCGUCCUGUAGGACUUUUUGAUCGCCCCACCAUGUUGGGUAGCAUUGCCUUUCGACGCUCUGUAACCGCAGCCCUUAGUCAGUUACAACUGCAUACAGCUGAAGUGGAUAGCAGCAGCUCCACCAUGCGCAAUGGCAAAGUCAACAAGAGAGGCACUAACGCCAGCAAGCCACGCCUGUACUUAAAUCUUUCCGAUGAUUCGGAUGACUCCGAGUGCGUAGCAGAUGAUGUCUACAGCGAAGAGGAGGAGGAUGAGCAGCAGUUCACAGCAAGCGCGCUGCAACGAUUUCUAACCGUUUGGGCCUUGGAGGAGUAUCUGCCAGUUUUUCAAAAACAACAAAUCGAUCUUGAGACUUUAAUGCUGCUGACCGAGGCGGAUCUCAAGUCGUUGGCGCUGCCAUUGGGACCCUUUCGCAAGCUUACCUUCGCUAUACAAGAGCGACGAAAUGCUUUGAGUAAUCCUGGUCCCUUGAUAGACAGUCGGCUCUAGAAUUUUACAGAAUACAACAUUCAAUUCAAUUUGAAAAUUUUCAAUGAAACAUAUCAUAAUUUUUGUAUAAAAGCGGCUAAAACUUUA